GACCCUGUUUAUUUCACUGAAGAGUUUCAAUAUAAUCACUGAGCACUGUGACAUGGUCUCUACAUUGUCUUACCCCCUCAGAGCGCCGGGGCCAGAAACGACGAGGCCAGGUCAGGCCGUGGUUCUCAAAGAGUGAACAGUAUUAUUUGAUAACAGCCACAGUGAGACAGAACUAUAUAUAUAUAUAUAUAUACAGAGUUUAUAAAUGGAGUCUCCAAAGGUAUAUAGGUAAUUCCUCAGUGUGUUGUGAGUUGGGAGUUACCUGUCAUGUUGAUAAAUGACCUGUGUUUUAAGAGGUCAUUAUUCAAGCGUAUCAUCCACGACAUCUUUUACACAUCAAUCCCCUCAGAACCAGAGAGCAGAAACAGAGACCGCUACAAUACAUUACAACAGUAAAACACUGAGCGUGUUUGGACAAUUUGGACAAGGGUUGAAUUACCUAGGUGAGAAUUGACUUUAUCAACCUGGCUUAUUUUUAAUUACUCUCUAAUGGCUGUAUUUCACUGUGCCCGUGAUUGCAGUCAGGUUUGCAGUGACAGUGUCAGUGCUAAACUACAUACAAUCAAGGUAAACACGUGACUAAACGUUAACACAUGACGUAGACUUGAAGUGCACAGUUACUAAGUUUGUGUACAGUAAAGGAGAGGUUUUCUGAAAGGAUCGCCGAAGAUCAGGACCGUGGACAGAGGCAGAGGAGGUGAGGCGGUGCGGUUCGCUGUCCGUGGUCCUGAAACGCUCUAUUCGAGAAUCCUGUUUCCCAAUUGUUUUCCAGAGGACAAGAGAACCGUAUCAUUUGGAGCACUCAGCCAGCUUCUCUCUCCUCUGCAGGUGGAUGCUGAUGAUGCCUGAGCUCCAGUCUUUUCGACCAUUUACUUUAACUACUCGCCAUGUAAUGCACUUUCUCCUAAAAGCCCCUGCUUCCUGUGACUGCAGUGGUGAUGUGUAUUAUUGAUUUCAUAUUUAUUAUUGGUCCUUUACAGGGAGUUCUCGGACUGAGAUGUCUCACUGCACGGGUCUCUUGAUGCUCAAGGGUACUUGAGAGUUCAGCCUCCCUGUCCAGCAUACCCGUGGGAACGAUGUCUCAUCCUCGUGGAUGUGCAUUCACAGCCAGCAGAGGUAAAAUUCUUUGAAACGUACGGAGAACACUGGGACUGAUCUGCUCAUGCGUGUCUGAAUUCUCAUCCUACACCAUCACAAAAGUAAAUCAGCCUCCGCUGAGGAGUCGAGUCUGCCCUGCAGAGAGCCUAUGCAGCUUUCCCACCGAGCUGUUGUAUCCCGCUCCCCCUCUCACCCCCCUCCCUCCUUGGUUUCCUCUUCCUCCUCCUCCUCUCUGCACAUUCACUGCUCCCUGCUCGCGCACGGUGAGCAGCAGCAGCAGCAGCAGCAGCAGCAGCGGCGGCAGCGAAGGCUCCAGCGCUUUUCUGACGCACCAUCAGAGAUGAGCAUCCCGGUGAUAUAAGCUGCCAAGGAAGAACAUCUCGACACCUCUUCGCAGGACCUCUGCAGUCAGCUCCAUCAGCAUCAUCUGAUGAACCUGCUCGUCGCAUCCGUUCCCUGCGUCGACAUUAGUCCGUUUCUGCGCCGCGUCUGGCAGGGAUGCCCGCAGUUGUGACAUCGCUUGGCUGGGAAUUUACUUCGGAGGUGAUUUUGUGACAGUCACAUCUGUCGGCGGGUGAGUGAUUCGCGUCGACCCGGGAAGGUGAACGUCCUGCUUUUGGGGGCAUUCCUCUGGACAUGACUGUCCCCCUGUAAGAUCUGUGGUGGACAGAACUGUGGUGGAGGUUGGACCACAGGGUUGGAUGACGGGCACCAGGAGCUCAUAGCUCGGUCUCACCCUCUUCAGCCCUGCGACGCCAGGCUGUGGGUCCGUGGAAUUUUCACGCAGUUACUGAAUCCAAAUAUUUUCACAGUUGGCGUUCCUCCUCCACCGGCCAAGUUUGCCCAGUGCAGGGGCUGCUGCGGCGGCUCUGUGUUCAAAUACGGGUUUCUUCACUGAGGGCAUCUGAGCAUCAAGGAGGAGCUCGAAUUUGAGAUGCCCAAACAGUGAGGGUUAGGGUGGGCUCUCUUUUGGUCACCUGUGCGGUAGCAUGGCUCCAACCCGGAGGGACUGCAGUGGCUGGGAGAGGUUCCUCCCGCCGGGAUACCUGCUGCUCUUCUCCGUUUUGCUGUUUCACCCUGCUCUGGCCAAGGUUUGCAACGACCGCACCAAACACGGACAGGACAACAACUGGUUCACCCGGGACGAGGAAAACUUGCCCAUCAUGGUUCUUAUGCCCAUGAACAGGUCGGCCCCGAUGAGCAGCAUCAGCCAGGGAAUCGUACCCGCGGUCCAACUGGCCAUCGAACACAUACGGGAGUCCAGGAAGUACUCGUUCUCCCUCAUCACGGAAAUCUACGACACCGAGUGUGACAACGCCAAGGGCCUGAGGGCCUUCUUUGAUGCCAUAUGCUACGGUCCCAAACACCUGAUGAUCUUCGGAGGCGUCUGUCCUUCCGUGACCUCUAUCAUUGCAGAAUCUCUGGAGGGUUGGAACCUGGUGCAGUUGUCCUUCGCUGCCACCACACCAGUUCUGGCAGACAAGAAAAAGUACCCCAACUUCUUCCGCACUGUGCCGUCGGACAAUGCUGUGAACCCUGCUGUGGUGAAGUUCCUCAACUACUACAACUGGAGCCGUGUGGGGACACUAACACAGGACGUCCAGAGGUUCUCGGAGGUGAGGAACGACCUGACUAAUGAGCUGGAGAAAGCCGACAUUCAGAUUGCAGAUACGGAGAGUUUCUCCAACGACCCCUGUGUCAAUGUCAAGAAGCUCAAGGACAACGACGUCAGGAUCAUCAUAGGUCAGUUUGAUGAGAACCUGGCCUCCAAGGUCUUCUGCUGUGCAUAUAACCUGAACAUGUACGGCAGCAAAUAUCAGUGGAUUAUCCCCGGCUGGUACCAGGGGAACUGGUGGGAGCAGGCCAACACCACCAAAUGCACCACGGAGAAGCUGCUAACAGCGAUGGAAGGCUACAUCAGCGUGGACUUUGAGCCGCUCAGUGCUCGGCAAAUCAAGGGCAUCUCUGGCAGGACCCCGAGGGAGUACGAAAGGGAAUACAGCAAGGGAAUUCUGCAGAAAGGUGUGGAGCCCAGUAAAUUUCACGGCUUUGCCUACGAUGGGAUCUGGGUCAUCGCUAAAACCUUAACUCGAGUACGGGAAUUACUACGGGCCAAACAGAGGCAGACCAGUCAUCAUAACUUCACCAUUGACGACCAUGAGGUGGGGAAGAUGGUGCUGGACGUGAUGAAUGAGACCAACUUCUACGGAGUUACGGGUCAAGUCAUGUUCCGAAACGGAGAGAGGAUGGGCACGAUCAAAUUCAACCAGUUUCAAGAGGGCCAGGAAGUUAAAGUCGGAGAGUACAACGCCAUUGCAGAUGUGUUGGACCUCAACAACAACUCCAUCAGGUUCCAAGGUGUCGAACCCCCCAAAGAUCGGACGUUUGUGCGGUUGCAGCGUCGGCACAUCAACGUGCCACUGUACAGCAUCCUGUCCACCAUCACCAUCCUGGGCAUGCUCAUGGCAGGAGCCUUUUUGUUCUUUAACAUCAAAAACCGCAACCACAGACUAAUCAAAAUGUCCAGUCCUUACAUGAACAACCUGAUCAUCCUUGGAGGAAUGCUGUCCUACGCUUCCAUCUUCUUGUUUGGUCUGGAUGGAGGUUUCGUCUCUGACAAGGAGUUUGAGACUCUGUGCACUGUGCGGACAUGGAUUCUAAUCGUUGGAUACACCACAGCCUUUGGAGCCAUGUUUGCUAAGACCUGGAGAGUGCACGCCAUCUUCAAAAACGUCAAGAUGAAAAAGAAGAUCAUCAAGGACCAGAAGUUGCUGAUUAUUGUUGGCGGGAUGCUGCUAAUCGACUUGUGCAUCCUCAUUUGCUGGCAGAUUGUGGACCCACUCAAGAGAACUGUGGAAGAAUACAGCCUGGAGGCGGACCCCCAAGGCAGAGAUAUAUCCAUCCGUCCCUUCUUGGAACACUGUGAGAACACCCAUAUGACCAUCUGGCUGGGCAUCGUCUACGCCUACAAGGGGCUGCUAAUGUUGUUUGGCUGUUUCCUGGCCUGGGAGACCAGGAACGUGAGCAUUCCGGCCCUCAACGACAGCAAGUACAUUGGGAUGAGUGUGUACAACGUGGGCAUCAUGUGCAUCAUCGGUGCAGCUGUGUCUUUUCUGACCAGAGACCAACCCAACGUCCAGUUCUGCAUCGUAGCCCUAGUGAUCAUCUUCUGCAGUACCAUCACGCUCUGCCUGGUCUUCGUUCCCAAGCUCAUCACCAUGAGAACCAACCCAGAUGCAGCCACACAGAACCGCAGGUUAAAGUUCACCCAGAACCAGAAAAAGGAAGAUUCUAAGACCUCCACCUCUGUCACCAGUGUCAACCAGGCCAACACUUCUCGGCUGGACGGGCUUCAAACUGACAACCACCGCCUACGUAUGAGGAUAACGGAGUUGGACAAGGAGCUGGAGGAGGUGACGAUGCAGCUCCAGGACACACCGGAGAAAACCCCCUACAUCAAGCAGAACCAUUAUCCAGAUGCUAACAACAUCCUGAGCAUACGCAACUUCACGGACGGCAAAGAUGCAGAGAAGUCGAUACUGAAGAACCACCUGGAGCAGAAGCCUCAGGCGCAGUGGGGCUCCAUGGAUCCUUCCAGAAUAAACAGAGGUCCCCUGGAGGAUAUCAACUCCCCUGAACACAUACAACGUCGACUGUCUUUGCAACUUCCCAUCCUCCACCAUGCCUACUUACCCUCCAUAGGAGGGGUAGAUGCCAGCUGCACCAGCCCCAGCGGCAGCCCUGGUUCCAGUCCAAGACACAGACACAUGCCCCCGUCCUACCGGGUUAUGGUCUCCGGCCUGUGAGCUGCAGGACGCGCCUCUACUUGGCUCUUUACAGAGGAGACAUAUAUGGUUAUUUUUUCUACAACAAAUAGACUGAUGUCAUCAGCGUACAUGCGUAUUUUGUCUUGGAUUAAGGAGAACGUGGGAAGAAAAGAGAUCCUCUCUUGAUGACUCAAGCCCACGGUCAGAAAGGGGGUGGAAGGAAGAAAGAGUGGGCAAUGGAUGACCCUAUCAAACUACCACAAUUCACUGCAGGGACCAUGUGACUGUGGGUCACAUGGUCCCUUUGCCUCGGCAUAUUCACAUAUGCACAAUCAAAAAAAUGAAAAAAAAAAAAAAAAAAAAAAACCCAACAAAAAAACCCUAAAAAUACACACACACUGACACCCCCAACAGCAGUGUAACGGUGGACCACCCUGACCUGACGUGUAGCCUUAUCUGCUUUAAAGGGGUUUGUCUGUUUUUCUGUUGUACGUACGUGCUAGCAGAUACGUGUGAGCUUGUCUUCUUACUUGAGUAUUUCACCACUUCAGUGACUGGAUCCCAGUGUGGAACUGUGGGAUUUACACAAUUCGUCGACAAAAAACAAAACUGUCAAUAUUUCCUCCCCUGUCCACAUCCCAAACUCACUGGGACGUGUAAAUAUCAUUUCUGACUUUGACGUACUGUAAGCUUUGUCUAUGAUGUGAAUGAACAAAGAAAUGGGAUGUGGGCGGAGCUUGAAUGAACUUACUUCCUGUCGAGAAGUGAAUGCGUAUGGAUGAGGUACAAAUGAGUUUAUGGUCCCGUCGAGAGACUUUGGACAACCAAGUUGAGAGUCACUUCGAUGCCUGUGAGUCAAAUAGCAACAUGGGGCCGGUUCCUCUGAAAAAUGUGAAGAAAGAUGCUCUUUAUUUUCCAACCAACUCAGAAAAUCCUUCUUUUGCCUUUUAACAGGUCUCUAAGGCUGCACUCUAAGGCUGCACAAGAGUGUUCCACAGUGUGUUGUACACCAAGAAAUGCACACGUUCAGAUGCUCACCAAAAACACGAGAAAGAGAGCAGCGAGGGUCAGCUGCAGAGAUACACAGUUAGAGGUUCUGGGUUUCCUUGGAAUAGAGCAGAAGGUUGGUUGGUCCACUGGGUUCAGGCGAGGUACAAAGACCAACGACAACACGUGGGAGUCUGGUGUUCUGAGCCCCAGUCAGUGUAGCUUACAGUUCCAAGAUGGUGACAGAACUCAUGGUGGUCACGGUGACAGAGCAUGAAGCACAGGAACACAGAAAAAAAAACCCUCCACACUUAGCAACAGUGAACAUACCUCAGUUGCUAUGGAAAUGUAAUUCAGCGCCGUUGAUGUCGGGCCAAGAAAGACGCUGUGAGGAAAAGUCAUCGACACAGUGUUGUCAUUUUUCCUACUGGAGAGAAAAUGUCCCGGCGAAGUAGGAAAGCAAACAAAGACUCGGACAAAAAAAAAAAAAAAAAGAAAAGAAAGAAAGGACAUUUUUAUGGAGUGAGAGCGAAUUUGUUUUUAGCAUAUGUUUCACCAUUGGUGUCUUGGUUUUUAGUUUUUAAGGCGUUCGUUUGAGCGCCGUGCCUGUUGUCUUAUUCCGUAGCCUGCAGGACCCACGACACACCACCGGGGUAUAAAGGUGUCGAUCCGACAAAACUACAGCAUCGAUCACACGUGUAAAUUGUAUGUUUCAUGAAUUCAUAUCAGCUCAAUGCCUCAACGCAUGGGACGGUGCGGGAGAACCGAGCGGGAGCCUCACAGCAGCUGGGGCAGUUUUCCCUCCGCAACAAAAACACUGUCUAUCGACAUCCAGUCUGUGGACCACACAGAGCUGGAGCGGGGCACCAGCCGGCAGAGGUCGGGCUGUUUCGGGACAUAUUAGGGGGACAGUUCCUCCAGUUACAACUCCCUGCUGAUCACAGGAGCGAGGAAAUCCUGAUCGCAGACCUCCGAGGAGCCUCGUCCUCGCCCCACGUCUUUGCCAACCAGAGAAUCACUCGACAAGUGAGAGAGAGAGAGAGAGACAAUGUCAAAUAGGUUGAUUCUUCUUCUUCUUCUUGGAGAAAGGCCAACCACACAUUUUAUAUAUUACAUUAUAUGUGAUUGUGUACAAGUUGCUGAUACCCUGACGGUGGCGUCCAUGUAUGGAAUCUUUGGUAUUUGGCUUUCUCAAGACGGCAUGAUAUUAAAAAUGUAUAAUUCACAGAGUUACCUCUGUUUUUGCAACUGUCAAAACUGACAAAUCCACUCUGCUGUUCUGUCUUUUUGCCUACAAAGAUAUUUUUCUUUUCCUCCGUUCAUUUACUGGUGAAUCACGGUUUCCUGUUCCUUUUCUGUUCAACGGUACAAUUCUCAGCGACAAAAUUCUGAAAUUACUAAAACUUCUAGUUUAUUCCGUAUACAUCUACCGAGGGCAAUAAAGUGAAGGUAGUAGCAAACCUAUAUCUGUUUUUAUAGGCCUUUUUUAAAAAUUUGAGUUUGCUUUUUUCCUCAGUCCAUUCAAAACGCUGAUUGGUGACAGGUUUUUCUAAAGUGCCCUGCUUUGAUUUCUUGAACGGUGGUCAGUUUUAUUGAAUUUCCUUUGAAAGUGGAUGACAAUUGUUCUAAUGCAACUGUGGGUCAAGGGCUCAUAAUAUCCUGUAAUAAACCACACCGUGAUAUUGCCACCGGUCUUCUCUCCUUUCUAGUCUGAAGGCCAACGUGACAUGUACAUGUACCGUUCUAUCUUUGUACGCGUCGUCGUCGGGGUUCUCUGGAGAACAGGAAGUAUGCGUGUCCCUGAAUACAACGUACGACAUAUAAUAAGUGGUAAAAACACACAGGUCCAUACUGUUACUGUCGUGUCAGUUAGAUGUGUGCUGUCACAUGGCGUGAAAAGGUCGAAACACAGAAACCUACGUCCGAUGCAACAUGUUCCAGAGGGGCAAUAACUUGUUUUCUUACUACAGAGAGAAUAGAGAACUACAUAUAUAUGAACAUAUAUGUAUAUGUGACGAUCUUUAUGUACAGGAUUUCUACGUCCAAAAUAUUUCACCAACGCCACAGGGAUACUUUGGAGUCAUUUUGUUUUUAUUUACAGUAUCUGUAA